AUUGGGAGUUCACUCCCCUAAGAAAAGACGCGCACAAGCAGAUGGUAACCGCUGCUAUGCAACUUUCGCUUAGCGGCUGUGACCUUCCAGGACAUACUAUUCGUCAGAAACACCGACUUGCAUAAAUGAUACAACUCCGUGAUCAAGAUUUUCUGUUAUUUUUUGGGAUCCUACUAAGGGUAGGUUAGUUACUAUGAAAGGGAACAAUGCAUUAAGUGUUUUUGGUCGAACCAUGUUUACUAACCCUUCAAGACAGGAAAAUAGAAUCUUCUCAGCUAUACAACAUUCCUGCAAUAUUCAAUUAUAACACUGUUCCUGUAUGGUACUCAACAGUUCUGGUGAUGAACAUGACUUCUUUAGAUCAAGCUUAGCUAAUACCAAAAAGGAUUUAAAUAUGAAACUAUUGUGAUCUUCCUCCACUUGUGUAAAACAUGGGUCAGAUGCUCUCAGCCUGGGUGAAUGCUGAUCUCUGGCAGACGAUGCCCCUAGAACUGGCUAUCAGAAAAGAACAGAAAAAAGUUACAGAAAUACCUGUGUCUAAUGGUGCAAGGCCGAAUCAGAGUUCCAGUCAAAAUUCCCUCCUUCAUGCAGCAUGUGAUUUAGGAAAUCUCCAAGUUGUCAAUAUUUUGCUUAAACACGGGGCCAAUCCAUGUGCUUUAAAUUCAAACGGGAAUACACCACUGUGGCUGGCUGUAUGUCAGGGUCAUCUUGAAGUGGUGAAGAUACUGUUGCAGUACUACAUAAAAUCUUCAAGCUGUUCUGAGCAAAGCAUAGAUUCUCCUUCUGCACUAUAUGCUGCCGCCUAUUACAACCAUAUGGCUAUUGCAGAGCUUCUCAUUAAAGCUGGUGCAGAUGUCAACAAAAGAAACAGCAAGGGAAAGACAGCAUUGCAUGCAGCAUGUACAAAUGAAAACUUUCCUCUUGUGAAUCUGCUGCUGGAGAAAGGAGCCCUGGUGAAUGCUGGCAGCGUAUUUAUUGCCACUCCUAUUCAUGAGGCAGUUCUGAAGGGCAACCCUGAGAUAGUGCAACGUCUUAUUGCUGCAGGUGCUGACGUCAACAUGGUGUGUAGAGAGCAAGACAUCUUGGGACUAGAAGGUUCUCCUCUUCACGUGGCUGUGAGUGGCGGGAACAAGGAAAUGAUUUCCGUUCUGUGUUCUGGACAAGGAGUGGACGUGAACGUCCGCAACUUUCACGGGCAGACGCCGCUGGUCGUUGCUAUCGUGUCAGGAUUUGUCAGUUGCGUCCACGAGCUCUUGGAGAACGGCGCAGACGUGAACAGGCCUUCCAGCUCCGGGCUGCUCCCACUGGCUCUGGCUGUUUGCUUCGAAAAGGAUGACAGGACUUCAGGCCGCCGCAGAAACGUCUUUCAGAAGCCAUGCCGAGCAAGGACCGGUUACAGCAAUCACUGUUCCCAUGCUGACCUCCGUUCUGAUUUCUCUGCGGCGAAAGAACUCCCAAGGGCUAUCGGAGGUGUCCCCCAAGGGCUCCACUUUCAGGGAAGACGUAGGAGCUGGGCUUUUGAACAUGUGCGGAACACUAGGUUUUUCCGACGACAGGAAGUCCAUCUCUUCUACUCUCCAUCACAUGCUAAUUCGUGCGGGCGCGUUCCUGCAGGCCAAGGACGCGUUCAAGCACUCAGCGCUGGACUACGCUGUGCUGAUGGGGAAAGUGGAGGCUGCGUGUCUGCUGAUGUGCCACGGGGCAACGCUGGACAUGCCUUUGCUGCGCUCGCUUCUCAGCGGUUCCUGUCGUGAAGCCAUCGGAGCCUGCAGCUCUAUCGCCACGCUGCUGACGUCACUGCCGCUGCUCUCGCCAACACUGCAGCAGAUGUUUUGCCAGUUGCAGGUCUGCGCCUACCUGUCAAAGGACAAGCUGGACUAUAUGCACCGGCAGCUGAGGCGGCCCAUGUGCCUGACGAGGCUGUGCCGAGCGGUAGUGCGCGAAUCGCUGGCCGGGCAAACGGCCGGCUCGGUGGCACCGCUGGUGGCUCAACUCCCUGUUCCGUCGUCUGUGCAGGACUUUCUGCUUCUGUCCGACCUGUGGUAUGUCGUCA